AUGUCGCUGGCUUUCGACGAAUAUGGCCGGCCAUUCAUUAUACUGAAGGAGCAGGAGCAUAAAUCGAGGCUGCGCGGCCUCGAAGCUCAGAAGGCGAAUAUCGCCGCCGGGAAAGCGGUGGCUCGGAUCCUCCGGACCUCCCUGGGACCCAAAGGCAUGGACAAGAUGCUUCAGAGCCCUGAUGGAGACGUCACAAUAACAAAUGAUGGUGCAACAAUUCUGGAGCAAAUGGACGUUGACAACCAGAUCGCGAAGCUCAUGGUUGAAUUGUCACGAAGCCAAGACUAUGAAAUUGGUGAUGGAACAACUGGAGUUGUUGUUAUGGCCGGUUCACUUCUAGAACAAGCUGAGAAGUUACUUGAACGAGGGAUUCAUCCUAUCCGGAUUGCUGAAGGUUAUGAAGUUGCUUCAAGAAUUGCUUUUGAACAUUUGGAGCGCAUAGCCCAUAAAUUUGAAUUUGACUCAUCAAACAUCGAGCCUCUGAUUCAGACUUGUAUGACCACUCUGUCCUCCAAGAUUGUCAAUAGAUGCAAGCGCAGUUUGGCAGAGAUUGCUGUGAAAGCUGUACUUGCUGUUGCAGAUUUAGAGAGGAAAGAUGUUAAUCUGGAUUUAAUUAAAGUAGAAGGGAAAGUUGGAGGAAAGCUGGAGGAUACUGAACUAAUAUAUGGUAUUGUUGUAGACAAGGACAUGAGUCAUCCGCAGAUGCCAAAGCAAAUCGAGGAUGCAAAAAUUGCCAUCUUAACAUGCCCCUUUGAGCCCCCGAAGCCAAAAACUAAACAUAAGGUUGAUAUUGACACCGUGGAAAAAUUCCAAACUUUACGUCAACAGGAGCAGAAGUACUUUGAUGACAUGGUUCAGAAGUGCAAGGAUGUUGGGGCUACUUUGGUUAUCUGCCAGUGGGGUUUUGAUGAUGAGGCGAACCACUUACUGAUGAACCGAAACUUGCCUGCUGUGAGAUGGGUUGGUGGAGUGGAGCUAGAGCUGAUAGCAAUUGCUACAGGUGGGAGAAUUGUGCCGAGAUUCCAGGAGUUGACCACUGAGAAAUUAGGCAAGGCUGGUUUGGUCAGAGAAAAAGCCUUUGGAACCACUAAAGAUCGUAUGAUAUAUAUUGAGCACUGUGCGAAUUCAAGGGCUGUAACCAUAUUUAUACGUGGAGGUAACAAGAUGAUGAUAGAGGAAACAAAACGAAGCCUUCAUGAUGCCUUGUGUGUUGCUCGAAAUCUUAUCCGUAACAACUCCAUUGUGUAUGGUGGUGGGUCCGCUGAGAUUUCUUGCUCAAUUGCUGUGGAAGCAGCUGCAGAUAAGUACCCUGGAGUCGAGCAGGUUUGA